AUGUCCGAUCCGGAGCCCUCUGCUGCGGCGUGUUCCUCGUCCCCGCCAGCUGUUCAGACUCCCGAGUCUGCUACUCUGAACUAUGCAUUUCUUGUGCACUCCCAAAAGACCUUAACUCAGAAUCUUCCCCCGCGCGUGGAUAAUAAACUGCUGGCUCGUCAGAAACGCCGUCGGACAAGUCCGGAGGAUCACGCAAUUCUCGAGGCCGAAUAUCAACGAAACCCAAAACCAGAUAAAGCGGCUCGCGCCAGUAUCGUGGGUCGUGUAUCGUUGGGGGAGAAGGAAGUGCAGAUCUGGUUUCAGAACCGUCGGCAAAACGAUCGACGAAAGUCCAAGCCUCUCCAGCCUCACGAGCUUCUUGCCCCAAAAUCGGACGCGUCCAGUCCCCUUAGGCAGUCAACGAGCGACGACAACAACAUCGCCGCAGAGCCGUCAUCUUCCAGCGGUGUGGAUCAGUUUGACGGACCAGGCCAUGAUAGAGACGCCGCUGGACUGUCGUUCGACGAUGGCGUACCACAGUCCUCCUAUGAGUCGAUAGUGCACGGCGAUAAUGACGAUUUGGUGCGGCCUUGUUUGAGCUCGCAAACAAGCUUAUCCUCUGAGGCGUCGGAAAAAUCAAAUCCAACACCCACCCAGCAAGAUGCCACUACACCCCUUGAUGAUACACAACAGUCCGCCAAGCGAAAGCGUUCCCUAUCAGAUCUCCACGGCGAUAUGCUUGUCACUCAAGAGCCGCUGCAGACUUCGACGCCAGUGGGCUUGCAGGGCAUGAAGUCACCUCCAUCUCUUCGAAUAUCUUUGUCUUUCGAUGGGGAGGCAAUGGUGCGAAGAGAUGGUGAGCUGACACCAUCUCCUCCGAAAGGACGCAACUCCCUCCGGAUCGCCAUGUCCUCAGACGGGAAAGCAGUCAUUCGUGGCGAAGAUGAACCAUCUCCGUCCAAGGGUCGUAUCUCAAUGUUCUCGGCAAAAAGCGCCCGUUUCACCGGGCUUCGAAGGAGUAGUAGUGCGGUCGUCCUUGGGACGCCCCGAACUAGCUCCAUGGAGAAGGACAAGACCUUUGGGAGAUCCCGGGAUCCCCGAAACUGGGAGUCUUUCUUCGAUACCGACGCGAGAAGCGCUUUGUCAACUCCCAUGAGUUCUCAGAGCGCUCCAAACUCAGGCUCUCCGGGCUCCUUCCUUGCCCAGGGCCAAAGGUCACUGACCCGAAGCUUGUCAGGAAGACACGGCAACCACAUGCCAUCAACGCCUGGGGAUUAUCUUAAUACACCGGUUCCCCAACGUGCUGCUGAAAAGCGGCGAAAACUCUCGCGCACAGUCUCCUCCCUCGGUCGACUUGAGUCUGCACAGAGCUACCUCAACCGGACGCCUUCAAACACAAAUAAAAGUUCAAAACUCAUGAAAGACAACGAAGAACUGGAUUUUGGCUGCGGUGAUUCCGACAAAGAAAAUUGGAUUCCGGGAACCCGUGUCUCUCACGUUCGCCGUCGUGCAGCUUCCCAUCAUCAGUCUCAGCGCCCGGCUCUUAGGGAAGCCAGUGGACGGGAUGGCAAGAUUAGCAGGACCUUGUCAUCCAGCGGAAGACGUCCACGAAUCUCUCAACAAACGUCACAUCGUAAAUCCGUCAAGUCCAUGCCAGAGCUAGACGCGGAUGUCUCAGCUUUCAUGGCUGGUGGCGGAGGAGCGAGCCAAGAAGAAGAUCUUGACUGUGUUCAGGGCCUAUUAUCUCUGAGUCAAGGAGCAUGGAGAUAA